AUGCAAUUCAAUAAAAGUGAUACAUCAGAACGCAGAUUUGAAAUAGAAUGUAAAUUAGAAAGUGAAGUAGCUGCGUUAGAUGCGUUGAGAGAUACUGAAGAAAGAAGUAGAAAAUUGACAUCUGGUGUUGUUGCAAUAUUAACAUCGUUAGAGCAAAGAUUAGCAACAUUAAGAAGGACAAUUUUACCAGUUUACAAUGAAACUGGAAAUCUUCAAGCACAACAGCACAACAUUGAGAGAACAUUGACAGCUUUAGAUCAUGCUAUUGGGUACUAUGGAGUUUGCCAAGAAGUUGAAGGAGCUAUUAGAAGUGGACCAACCGGUCCGGGUGGUCUCGAAGGUUUUCUCGAUGCUAUGAAUAGGCUUCAUAACGCAGAAAGAUACUUUCAGAAGAAUAAUCCAAGUUCCGUUGAAUUAGAAAAUAUAUCAUUGUUAUUUGGAGUUGGAUUAGACUCACUAUGUUCCGAAUUUCACGAUAUCCUAGCCAGACAAAGCAAACCUAUUUUACCUAUAGUUUUAUUAGAUUUAAUCGGUUCGGAUGAAGAUACGAGUGGUGAAGACGCACCUCAAUCACUAAAUCAAUUACCCGAAAAUUCUCUAGCAGAACUUGUCAAAAUCGCUAAUUGGUUGGAUGAACGUGGUCAUCGUAGACAUUCAAAAAUUUAUUCGUCUGUACGUUCUGCUAUCGUGUUGAGGUCAUUACAACUUCUCAAGGAACAUCAACGAAGUGCUAGUGGUGGUAGUACACAUGCUAGUAGUCCUAUGCCGAGGGCUAAAUUUGCUCAUCGACAUUCAAUGACUGGUGGAGAAACAGUCAGUCGCCGUACAUCUCGCCGCUUACAGCAUGCUAUUGAGAAAAAAGCUAGUAAAAUGUUAAUGAGAGCUUCGCAGUCAACUGGCUUGGGACUCGCUUUUCCAUCAUCAAGAAAACCUGCUCCAGCACCACUAAGUUAUGCACCUGAAGAUGCAGCACCUGAUGAACAAGAAAUGGAAAAUUAUCUCUUAUUGACGGCUGGACUCCAUAAACUUAUGCAAGCUGAACGAAGUCUAGUCGCUAGAAUUAUUCCAGCGCCAUUGCAGCCUCAGGUAUUAGAGGCAACUGUACGCGAUGCCAUGGAUCUUGUAGCACAUGAUGGUGAAAGUAUUGCUGCACGUGCGAAAAGAUGUAUUAUUAGACGUGAUUUUUCCGCUGUACUUGUUGUUUUUCCGAUCCUAAAGCAUCUUGGAGAUUUGAAGCCCGAUCUUGAGCGGACUGUUGAAGGAUGUGAUUAUGCUUUGAGAUCAAAAUUUGCUUCUAUAUUAAAUACUCUUAACGCUACGGGAGCAAAAGCUCUAGAAGACUUCGCUGAAAGUGUAAGAAAUGAAUCAGGCACAACAUUGCCAAAGGAUGGAACUGUAGCUGAGUCAACGAGUAAUGUUCUUGUAUUUCUUGAACAAUUAUCAGAAAAUGCCGAAACUGCAGGGAUUGUAUUACGCAAAAAUAAUGAAGUUGAUUCGAUAUCAACAUCAAGCGCUAAACAAACUGACAACACUCAUCGUGUUUUAGUUGGAGUUUAUAUAAAAAAAGUAUUAGCUCAGUUAAAUCUUGCAUUAGUCAGCAAAAGUGAUGCUUCAUAUUCAGAUCCAGCAUUACGUGCACUCUUUCGUCUCAACAAUCACAACUACGUUAUUGACAAAUUACGUAACAGUUCUUUAAUGGAACUUUUACUGUUAGCAGAAUCUACAGCAGCGCAAACGUAUCAAGAUUUUCUUGUUAAAGACAAGGCUAAUUACGUAGCUGCUACUUUUGCUAAGGCAAAAGUAUAUCUUGAACAACCACCAGAUGAUUCUGAUUUAGCAGCAAAAAUAUUAAAAGAACGAUUUUCUGGUUUCUCUCGUGAACUUGAAGAAGCUGCAAAAAAUCAACGGUUGUACUCAGUCCCUGAUGCACGUUUACGUGAAACGUUACUACGUGAAUUGCAGCAAUCAUUAGUACCACAAUACAAAAAUUUUUAUGCUAAAUAUCACAAUACUCCGUUUUCAAAAAAUCCGGGAAAAUAUAUCAAGUAUACACCGGAACAAGUUGCUGGAAUGAUAAAAACAUUUUUUGAUACCGCCGCGUAA